CGUCUCGUCUCGUGCGCAGCUGACGGCCGAUCGGACCCCUCGCAGGCCCUCCUCUGGGCAGGGGGUCCCUGCCUGGAGUGUGUGCGCGCAACACUGCGAUCGGAUUCAUCGGUCCCGAUGGCUUUCCGCUGCUGUGGCUGGUUUGGAGGAGGGAUUGUUGUUGUUUAGGGAGGGCAGAAUAAUGUCCAUCGCGGCACAUCUGUCAUGCACUUACGUUCUGCGGCUUUUGUUUUGAACUGUGUCGUGCAUGGAUGCGAAUAUACGCUUCGGAGAGCGAUGGCUGCUGCCAGGCUGCAGGUACAGAAUCUGGAUGUACUGUGCUGAUGGAAUUCUCGCGCAUCGUAGGGGGAGGAAUGAUGUGAAACAGAGGAGAUCCGCUUGGUUCGAUUGUUUUAAUGGAUCUAGUUCGUGUAGCGUGCGUGAGCUCUGCCGGCAUAUGGAUGACAGCAGCUUAUGAGAUGGUCUGACUGUUGUACUUCUCGGCUGUACCAUCUUUGAUAGCCCAGCGAUCAAAGAUGAACCUGAAUUGUAUUUCAUAUUUGGUUUCCUAUAUUGUACUUCAUUUCAUUCCUUCCUUCCUUCCCGCGAGCAUUUUUUGAUGCAGCAGAGAGUUUCCCGACGAGCCCUUCCUCAGUUCCGCAUGAGAUGAAACUGUGCCAACAGUUGAGCACAGUGCAUGGAAAGAUAUUAAGUCAUCUCGCUACAGCUACAGGCGAUCCAGCUACAAAAUAUAUGGCGAACAGAAGGAAUGACAGUCAUCGUUCCAACUUGCAAAGCCCAUGGUCUCCUCAAAUUGCGCCCAUUCAGCAGCGAAAAGGCUACAGCUCCAGAACUGCAUGAGGUGAUGAGAUUAGAUUAGAUUAAUACGGAGGGGUGGCGAGCAUUGGACUGG